UAUUAAAAUAAUAAAUGAGCUAAAACAAAAGAUUUGGGGGCUAGGGUUUGCGUAUUAGAAGAACUAACGAAGAGUGUAUAUUUUUUCUCUUCUCUCUACACGCCUUGUAAAAGAUGGGAAAGAAACAUAGCAGCAGCAAGAAAGACGGUGACUUGAAACCCCCUUCAUCUUCUUCAGGUGAUGAUAUAUUUAAAUCUAUAUUUGGUUUUGUAUCUCAAGAACAAGAAGCUCAAGCUUCUAUCUUUUCUGAUAACAAUCCAUUUAAAAGAAAGCCCAUCGACCCAUCUCAGCAAUCUUUAAAGAUUGAGCAAGAAAAUGAUAAAAAUCAGCUGGGUAGUCUUGGUAGUAGUGAAUUUGAGACCCCAGAUGGAGGGGAUGGGAAGAAGAGAAAGAGGAGAAAAGAGAAGGUGGGUGGUGUUGGUGAAGGUGAAGAGUCUGAGCCGAAAGGGUUUUCGAAGAAAGUGAAAGGAAAGGGGGGAUCUUUGGGGGAGGAUGAGGGUGGUAGUGUUGGCGUGGAGUUGAAAGUGCAAGACAAGAAGAAAAGGAAGAGGGGUGAUAUUGAGGCUGAAUACGAGGCGAAGCGGUAUGGGGAGGUGGUGGUGAAAGAUGAGAAGGAAUUGGGAGGGGGGAAUGUCGGAGAGAAGAGGAAAGCUAUGGAUAGUGUUGUUAGUAUGGUUGAUAAGGAGGAAGGUUUUGAUGAUGAGGAGAAGCUUUUGAGGACGGUUUUCGUUGGGAAUUUGCCAUUGAAGGUCAAGAAAAAGACAUUAUUGAAGGAAUUUAGUCAGUUUGGAGAGAUUGACUCUGUGAGGAUCCGGUCUGUCCCGAUUAUGAAUAGUAAAACACCAAGGAAAGGUGCCGUAAUCAAGAAAGAGUUUAAUGCUGCAGUCGAUAAUGUUCAUGCUUAUAUUGUUUUCAAGGAGGACGAAUCUGCCAAAGCUUCUUUGUCUCACAAUAUGGCUGUGGUUGGAGGAAAUCACAUCAGGGUUGAUAGAGCAUGCCCACCUCGUAAGAAAUUGAAGGGAGAGGAUGUUCCCCUGUAUGAUUGCAAGAGAACUGUUUUCAUUGGCAACCUCCCAUUUGAUGUUAAGGAUGAAGAGAUUUAUCAGUUGUUUGCAGGUCUUCCUAAUAUGAAUUCCAGUGUUGAAGCCAUUCGUGUUGUGCGAGAUCCUGGUACAAGUAUGGGAAAGGGUAUCGCCUAUGUGCUGUUUAAGACGAAGGAAGCUGUAAAUCUGGUAGUCAGGAAGCGUAACUUGAAGAUCCGGGACAGGGAUUUGAGGCUCUCUUAUUCAAAGCCCAACACCACGCCGUCUAAGCAUACAAACCCAUCACCUUUCGAUCAAAAAAAUUCUUCUGCAAAGAAAUUUGGUGCAAAGUCCACAACUCCAGACAGCAAGGCAAAGACAAUGUCUUAUCAGGGUCUGCGAGCAAGCAAAUCAGGUGUACAGAAGAAAGUUCACACCAAGAAGUUUGAUGCAUUGAAGAUCAACUCUAGGAGUGUACAAGUUCAAAAGCCAAAAGAACGGACAGAAAAGCGUCCAUCAGUUGCUGCAAGAAAGGCAAAAGCACUAAGGAUUGCUAGUAAUGGUUCUAAAGAAGCGGGUGGGAAGAAACGCAAGAUAGAAAACAGAACACCAGGUAGUUCUCAGAAAAGCAAAAAGCCCAGAAGAUUUUAGUUGGCCAUGGCGCGUGUGCUCUAGCAACCUUUACGAUAAGACUAGGCUUGCUGGGUUUUACUAGGGAGUUUUCAGUUUGUCAAUUUAUUUACUCCGUCUGUUACUAAUAUACAUUUCUUCAUAAGGAUCCACACAUGUUGAAGAUGAAUGAUUGUCACAGUAUGAUAAAUGUCAUGAAUCAAAUGCCUUUCAUGUA